AUGAUUGAGUUAGAUUUGAAUUCUGAUUGUGACCCACAUCUGGAAACGGUUUUGUCGCUAUUGAUAGCGAUUGUUCUUUACUUUUGCAAUUAAACCAAUUACUACUACUAUAUGGGUUUGUUUGUUGAAGCUUGAAACAAAUGGGUAUUCUGCACUCCUGUCGUCGUCAUCAAACCUAAUUGGGUUUUCUUUCUCAAGAUUGAUUUUCCGUUAUUAGUUAGGGUUUUCAAAGGGAUCAAUGGCUCACCCAUCGGACCACAGUUUGUGCAGUCCACGGUUUGUGAGAUGUGGGCUGGUUUUGUUACUUCUGUUUCUGGUCGGUUUCGUUGGGAGACUCUGGCAUUUGGGUGAGGAUUCAAGUGCUCAAGCUUCAUGCCCUUCAUGCGAUUGUGAUUGCUACUCAGAUAUCGGCUCCAUACCCUUAGAUUGUGGUAAAAAUGGUCCUGAAACGAAUGAGGAGAUGCGAAAGGAUGCUAUAAGUUUACUAGCAGAGGAACUUAGUUUACAGAAAGAUGUUGCUGACAAUAACUUGCAACGCACAAAAGCAUUGAUAACUGGCGCAAAGAAAACUUCUUCCCAUUACCAAAAGGAAGCAGAAAAGUGCAAUGCAGGAAUGGAAACUUGCGAAGAAGCAAGGGAGAAGGCGGAAGCAGGACUUAUAGAAGAGUGUAAGCUCUCUGCACUGUGGGAGAAAAGAGCUCAUGAACAUGGUUGGAAGGAUGAAAGAAGGGUAUACCAAUGAGAACUUUUGAAUUUCAUUGAAUGAUUUUAGGAUCCAUUCUUGUGCACCAGAAGUGAAUAUAACCACACUAUAGUUUGGUUAUUUAUUUAUUAGUUAUUCAUCCAUCUGAAAUGUGAUAGUGUUAGAGGCAGAGCUGACUAUUAAAAGACAGGGUAUAGGAACUAGUUGUAGGCUUUUCCCAUGGAUUCUCCUGUUAUACAAAGAUGUGAACCUUAAUGAUACAGAUAUUACAAAUGCUUGUAAGACCAAGAAUUUGAAUUUCCAUAGUACCCAAAAAAAAUAAAAAGGAAUACCGAGAAUUUCGUUUGCUUUUUUU